AUGAGACCAUUCUGGAUCGUUCAACCAGUAGUCAAAGCAAGAGAUACAUGUUUGUGUUUACAACAUACGAACAUGUCAUUAUUGAUCUCAAAAUUGAACUAUCUCAGAAUCAUCGAUGAAAAAACUCCGGAAAUCCUUGUCAAGUCCUAUUGCUGCAGUGGAGAAUAUACAAUGGAACGAUGUCUCGAAAGGAAAUGCUCAGAUUGCAAAUAUAAAGAAAUAAGAACAUCAGAUUAUGAUGCAAACGAAGACACGUAUUAUGAGAAAUGGGUGACGAAAAAGGAAGUAUUUAUGAUCAAGGGGAAAGAAAAACAGUGCCAAAGAACGGUAAAGGAAAGAGUUAUUUGUAAGAAAGAAGAACUCGUAUUAUUACUCAAGAAUACUUUCGAUAAAUUUUUACUACAUAUCAGAAAUAUAAAACAUCAAUAUAGAGCUAUAGAUGAAGUAAAAAAGAAAUUAUCGACAUAUGAAAUUUUAAUACAUUGCGAUUUUUCUGAAAACUAUUCAUGCAAAUAUAAAGAGGAGGUACAAUCAGCACAUUUUGGUGCAUCGAAGCCUCAAGUCACUCUACACACAGUAGUCAUCUAUUAUAAAAAUGCUGAGAAUGCCAGUGUGGUUCCACUUUCCAUUUGUACAUUAUCUGACAGCUUGAGACAUGAUCCCUCCGCAAUUUGUGCUCACUUGAAACUAGCUAUCAAUGAAAUUAAAAAAUAUGUCCCGUUUGUAAAAACGGUUCAUUUUCUCUCCGAUGGCCCAUCAACCCAGUAUAAAAAUAAAAAGAUGUUUUUUCUCAUGGUCAAUUAUCUAGCAGAUUGCCUUCUGGUGGAUAAGCUGAGGUGGCAUUAUAGUGAGAGUGGUCAUGGAAAAGGAGCACCGGACGGGAUCGGUGGAUUCAUUAAACGAGAAGCUGACAGGCGCGUCGCCAUGGGUAAAGAUAUUCCUAAUUUUCAAUCAUUAGUCGAGUCAUUGAAGGACUCCAAGAAAGUGAAGAUUAUUGCCUUGGAUUCUGAGGAACUUGAGAAAGUAGAUGAAAUCGUCCCAGACAAUCUCUUGGUAUUCAAAGGUACGAUGAAAAUUCAUGAGGUGUGCUGGUCUAGAAAGGACAAAACUGUUAUACAAGCAAGACAUCUUUCCUGUUUGGAAUGUGAUGUGGAUGAAGACUGUCAUCACUAUGGUUUGGGUCAUAUAAAUGUUCAGUACAUUGGAAAUGAUACUACAAUGACAAAUACUGCUCGUUUGCGAUAUGCUGAUGUUUAUUCUUCAGAUGAUAGUAACGCCAGCGAUUAUAUACCCCUAUCCAAGUACAAAGAGAAAUACACACAAGAAUUCCAUGAAGAUAUGUACGUAGUGGUGAAAUUAGCAGGCAAAAAGAUAAUUCGUCACUAUGUGGCUCUCAUUAUUUCUAUCGAUGAAUCUAGUGAAAUGACUGUGAAAUUCAUGAAAAAAACUGGAAACCAUUCUUUCAUAUUUCCUGAUCGGGACGAUAUUUCUGUCAUAGAUAAAACAGAUAUUCAAAAGAUUCUGUGUAACCCAAAAUACAAAGAAAAAAAUGACGAAUAUUAUUUUUCGAAGGAUUUAAAUUCUUUCUCGAAUCUUUUUUAGUAGUGGUCCAUUGAAUAUUUUGUUUGUCUUAAUUUCCUUUAUCUCAUUUUUGUUAAGAAAUAAAUAGUUUCAUUAUGGAAUUUGAUUUUACUCC